UCGUGCUCUUAAGCAUCAAGGAUGCAUCAAUCAAUAACCGACGACAAUCAUCCCCCUCCGGCCAAGUGCGAUUAUGAACAACACAUUGAUCUAAGCAUCCAAUGGACCCGUCGAUUACUAAAACCGAUGGGUCUCUGGCCAAGUUCAUAUACGACACCAAAAUUAAAAAAAUACUUUUUCCGGUUCCUAAACAUUGUAUGCUGCGGUCUACUCACGUUGCAUUUCAUUCCUACGACUAUGUACAUAUUUCUCGAAUUAGAAGAUGUUUACAGCAUGCUCAAAGAAUUCGGUCCUCUAGUAUUCGGCCUGACGUCGAUGGCUAAAUAUUAUGCUCUAAUCGUUCACGCGGCUGAAAUCCGCGAAUGCGUGAAACGAAUCGAAUGGGAUUGGAAAAAUAUUACUUAUAACGACGAUCGAGACAUCAUGUUGGCAAACGCGAAUUUUGGCCGAAGGAUGGUGAUCCUGUGCACUUUUUUUAUGUACAGCGGCUUCAUAUUCUAUGACAUUGCCAUACCCAGUAUUGAUAGAAUCACGGCGGAAGACGAUAAUAUCACCUACAAUCUUCCAUUCUCGAAAUAUAUAAUCGACACCCAGUACAGUCCCGCGAACGAAAUCGUCUAUGGCAUUCAAUUGGUAACCGCUGCACUGGAGCAUAGCAUCGCAUCAGCCUCCUGCGGCUUAGCAGCCUCUUUGGCGAUCCACUCUUGCGGUCAGAUGCAGGUGUUGAUGAAUUGGCUCAAUUAUUUGAUCGACUACCGAUCCGACAUGAGCAACAACGUAGACAGUAGAAUAGAGAAAAUCGUGUCCCAGCACGUUCGAAUUCUGAAAUUUGUGGCACUCACGGAGAAAACGCUGCAACAAGUGUCAUUCGCCGAAUUUUUGGGAUGCACAUUGGACAUAUGUCUCAUUGGAUAUUAUGUUAUCAUGGAAACGAAAUCGAACGAUUAUACGAAUGUCGUAACUUAUGUCGUUCUACUCAUAUCGUUUACACUUAACAUUUUCAUAUUUUGUUACAUCGGCGAGAUAGUAGCCGAGCAUUGCAGGAAAAUCGGUGAGAUGUCGUACAUGAUCGAAUGGUAUCGAUUGCCAGGAAAUAAGAAACUCUGCUGCGUUAUGAUAAUAGCGAUGUCCAAUUCUACGACAACACUGACAGCUGGGAAGAUGGUAGAAUUAUCUAUUAGCACGUUUGCCGAUGUUGUUAAGACAUCGGUCGCUUUCUUAAAUGUGUUACGAGCGACAACAUAAAUUUAUUUGAAAGUUAAUAUUUACCAUAAUAUUUUAACGUGCCUGAUGUGAAGGAACUGAUUAAUUGUAAAGAAUAGUUGCAUGUUCUAACAAUAUUUAGCACGUCGUGUUGAGCAUGCAAAAAACCACAUUUUGAGAUGUUAAAAAACCAUUUCGCAUUGAAAUUUGCCGCUGGGUUCGUAUGUUGCACUUUUCAGUUACACUUACCUUCGAUGAAAAAUCACAAAAUCAUAUAAAACGUAUAUCGAUAAUCACAAAAUACAUAUAAAACGUUAUUUAUCUUCAGAUGUAAGCGUCCAGACAAGAGUUCGUAAAUAUGAAUGAAAAUGAACAAAAGUCCAAGACACAUGUAAUAUUAUGGUGUUUGUAUUUUUGUAAUCUCGAAGAGAGUAAU